AGGAAACAUUUGCCCUUUUCCUAUUCCUAUUCGCAAUCGCCUCGGCCCUAGCUCGUUGAAAAUCUGAAAACGCCCACAUCAGGGGAAUCUAGGGUUUCUUCUGCAAUGCGGUGAAAGCUAGGGUUUCCAGCUCUUGUAGCCUUGGCGUCCGGGUUAUUGGUUUUCAUUGAUUUCAAUAUAUUGGCACUCUUUGACAAGCCAUGCCUGCAGGGAAGCUUAUUGUUAUAUGUCAGUCAGGUGGGAAGUUCACCUCAGCUAGUGAUGGUUCCUUGUCAUACGCAGGCGGAGAUGCUCAUGCUCUCAGUGUAAACCGUAAAAGCAAAUUUCAUGAGUUGAAGUUGGAGAUGGCAGACAUGUGGAAUUAUGAUCCUGAUUCCUUGACCAUCAAAUAUUUCCUACCCAACAACAAGCAGACUCUUAUCACAGUAUCUAGUGACAAAGACAUCCAACGCAUGAUUGAUUUCCAUGAAGAUUCCAAAACUGUUGAUUUGUUUGUCAUGACAAAUGAGAUCUCAGCAAGUGAGGCCUCGGUUAUGCCUUGUAGUAGUGGCAAUGCAAUGGUUGAACCUGUCACCCCCCUCAAUAUUGCUCCUGUUGCUUCUUUUGCUGAGUAUACUGAGCAUUGCAAUUCUUUGAAUGUUGAAGUUGGGGAUGCUGGGCAUCACAGCCUUCUUAAAUCAUGGGCAAAUUGCAUAACUGGUUUGCACCAGCAGUUUAAUAAUGUUCAGGAAGUGCGUGAAGCUCUGCGUAGAUUUUCCAUUGCUCAUGGAUUCAAAUGCAAAUUUAAGCACAAUGACGCGACGCGAGUAAGUGCCAAGUGUAAAGCUGAAGGUUGCCCUUGGAGGAUUCAUGUGUCAAAGUUGUCUACCACACCAUUUUUCCGAAUUAAGACAUUGAAUGAAACACAUACAUGUGGAGCUGGUACUGGUAGGAUUAAUCGGCCUCAAGCCUCAAGGAAAUUGGUUGCCACUAUUGUCAAGGAAAAGUUGCGGGAUACACCUAAUUCCAAACCUAAGGAAAUUGCCAAUCAAAUCCGACAGGAAUUUGGAAUUGAAUUGAGAUAUUCACAGGCAUGGCGAGGGAUGGAGGUUGCCAAGGAAGAGCUUCAGGGUUCAUACAAAGAGGCAUAUAAUCAGCUACCUUGGUUAUGUGAGAAGAUGGUAGAGACAAAUCCUGGCAGUGUUCUCACUCUCAUCACAAGGGAGGACAAAAGUUUCCAUCGUUUGUUUGUUGCAUUGCAUGCCUCAAUAUGUGGUUUUCAGAAUGGUUGUCGCCCCCUUCUUUUCCUUGAUACUGUGAGUCUGAAAUCAAAAUAUCAGUCAGAACUACUGACAGCAACUGCAUUGGAUGGAAAUGAUGGCAUUUUCCCUGUGGCUUUUGCUAUAGUAGAUUUUGUAAAUGAUGAUAAUUGGCAUUGGUUUUUGGUACAACUGAAAUCCAUGCUUUCAACUUACCAACCUAUAACGUUUGUGGGAGACAGACAGAUGGGUUUAAGACAGUCAAUUUUGAUGGCAUUUGAGGAUUCUCACCAUAGUUUCUGCGUUCAUCAUCUAUCAGAGGAGUUAAAGCAGGACCUUAAGGGCCCAUACACUGAAGAAGUUGUCAGUGUUAUUGUUUCUCAUCUUUAUGAUGCUGCCCAUGCAGCCACGCCUGAUGGAUUUAGAAAGUGCAUUGAGAGCAUUAAAAGCAUCUCACCUGAAGCUUUCCAAUGGAUUUUGCAAAGUGAACCUGAGCAUUGGGCAAAUUCACUUUUUGAAGGUUCACGGUACAACCAUGUCACGUCAAGCAUUGGUCAAUCAUUUUAUAGUUGGGUAAAUGAUCUCCCAGUACUACCAAUAGUGCAGGUUGUUGAUACCAUUCGCCAAAAGAUGAUGGAGCUUAUUUACACUCGAAAGGUGGAUUCAGAUCGGUGGUUGACAAGAUUGACUCCGUCCCUGGAAGAAAAAUUACAAAAGGAGAUUCUCAAGGCACAAUCGCUUCAAGUUUCAUUAUCACCCAGGAACACGUUUGAAGUUCAUGAUUGUCUAGGGGAAACCAACAUUGUUAACGUUGAUGCUUGGACCUGCAGUUGCAGGGCAUGGGAACUUAACGGUUUCCCAUGUUUUCAUGCUGUGGCUGUCCUUCAGCAUUUCAAUAGGAACUUGUACGAUUACUGUUCCAGGUAUUAUACAACUGAAUUUUUUCAGUUAACUUAUGCAGAGCCUAUAAAUCCGGUUCCAACAACAGAUAAGCCUAUGCAUAAAGAAUCGUCCCCAACCCAAGUACUUCCCCCUCCUCUUCGUCGUCUAACUGGCCCACCGAAGCAGAGGAGAAUCCGAUCAAAAGGAGUGAUUAAAAGACCAUUGCAUUGCAGCAAGUGCAAAGGAGCAGGCCAUAAUAGAGCAACAUGUCAUGUGUACUCAUAGAUUCAUAAUAUUUGUAGAACUGUAAUUUACUGUACAGGAACUUGGGUAGAUCAGAAUCUUGUAGAGGUAUGGGCGGUUAGAGAUGGGAUAGAUGGUCAGAGAAGUUAAAUGCUAGAAGUUGCUCUCUUUUUGUAACAGGGAAUGUUCAGUAUUAGUUGGCAUGAUAUGCUCGAAGUUUUAGGUUUUUCUUCAUCUUCUGUUAAGAGGAUGUUCACAACUGUGACUUUGUUGGUGUUCAUUUAGUUUCAACAUUCCUUUAUUUUCAAAAUUUUCAUUUAUUAUUCUAUAUUAUCUAUGUUCCCUCUUCUGACA